ACAGAAUUGAGAAUUUAGGACUGUUUGGGUAAUAGCACGUUUAUUUUACAGAAUUCACGUUUCUAUCUAAAAAAGAGUGUCGAAUUGUCUAUAUUAUAAGUAUUUCUUCUAAAUUUAGGAAACUUAAAUCGGACCGGUCACAUUAAAUAAGUAUUUUUAAUAAAAUGGCACCAAUUAAAAGACCAACAUUACCAAAAUCUGUAUUAGACAUGAAAUUUAUGAAAAAGACUAAGGAGAGAUUACAAAAAGAGUUGGAAAACGUUGAAGAUCACGAGAGUUUAUACGCGAACGUAAUUACAAAUGAAAUGAAGCAUGCCUCUGGGAAUUAUAUUGCUGAAUCAAGUUUUAUAUUUUGCGAGGAUCUUUUAGAGGGAAGGUUAUCCUUUAAAGGUAUGAAUCCAGAAAUAGAAAGACUCAUGGAGCUUGAGAAAAAGCCUGAUAUUAAUGAUGAGGAGGACAUGAAAAAAGAUGUAUCUGAUGAACUUUUGGCUAACAAAAUGAAUAAAUUUAAUAGAAAAAGGAAUUCAAGUCCCAGUAAAUACAGUAUCAUAAAGAAGAAAAGGUAAACGAUAAAAUGGUAAUUUGAAACCAUUUAUUACCUAUUGGUAUAGCUGAAUAUAUUUAUGACUAAUCUUCAUCUUGUUGAAUGUGAGGUGUUUUAAUUUAUUUAGUUAACCCCACAACAUGAUGGAUAAAGAAAUAAAAUGCCUUAUAAGUUAUAAUUAUUUUAUUACAUCAUAAUGUUAUAUACAAAGUAUAUCAGUCUAUUUUAAAAUAAUUUAUAGGAAAAAAUCUCAUGCAUGAUUGAUAACAUAGAAAAAGUUGAGACACUUUAAAUAAACUUGAAAUUUAAAUUUUAUGUAAUUUACAUUAGAACUGAAAAAUGAUGUAUAAAAAUCUUAAUAUUUGUAAAUUAAGUACUGAUCAUGUUUUAUCCAGCUGUAUAAUUGAGUUAGUUAUUAAUAGUUAGUUAAUUUGACUGUUAGAUCUAGUAUUAUAGUUGAGCAUCUAGUCUUGUACUCUGUUCAGGAAGCCAGUACAGCAAACUUACUUACACAUCAUGUUGACCGAUAGGUGAAUAUACAAUGUUCACAAUGUUAGUAAAAUAGGUGGGUUUGUGCAAGUCACACUAUUCAGAUUCCAUUUGCUAGCUUGCCUUCCUGAGCAGAGUAUAGGCACAUUAAGGUUUUGUUAUUACAGCUCUGAGACUAUUUUUACUCUACUAUAAAUUUGAUUUCCUUUGACAUAUAGUUCAUAUUUGCAAUGCAAAUUGCUUAAACAUUAGUUUUAACUUUUAAGAAUAGCUUAACAUAUUUCCCAAAAAAACUGAGUUACUUGAAAAUUUGUAAUGCUAGUUACUUGGUAUUUAGUAAUAAGCUUCUAUUGUAUGAAACUAUUUAAUUUUAAUACUUUUAAGUUAAAAGUUAUUGUAAAAACAUAUAUAAAAGUGUUUAAUAAACAUUACAUUUUAAA